GACUUCAACCUCCAUAUCAGAUCGACACCCCCGAGAAUGCCCUCAACGUCUGCGCAACCUCCACGAUCCGGAUUUGCAUGCAGUCUCUGCAUCGCAGAUUCCGUUGCAUAACCUGCGAACUUCUCAGUCGCGCUUUUGGAGUAGCAACACCGCGUCAAGUCCCUCCUCUCACUCACACCAGUUGAAACAUUGAUUGCUCCAAGAAUCAAGGAGAAGGUCGAGUCCGCUAUAAGAGCUAGAGGAAGACAUUAGUACCAUGGACCGCCCGUCAGGACCACUAGGUGCUGCGACUCAGUCCAGUCGUCCGAUGGUAGAGAAUGGAGCCCCUCGACCAGCUCCCCCUAACACCACAGGUCGACGAGUUCCCAACAAUGUACGACAUGAAGCCUCGAGCUCCUCCCUCAAGUCGAAGCCGGAGCCGACUCCGAUAGCAGGGCAACAAACCAUAUCCCUCUUUCAGAAAGCAAUGGAUAAAGCUCGCGAGGAUCACCAGAAGACGGAUACUCAAGCUGCGAAGGCAGCUGGGAUGAUGAUAUCUGGGGUGACUAUCGACUUUAGUCACAAGGGUAUUAUGGACUUUCCUGACGAGGUUAUUGACAUAAUCAAGGAAGAGCUUGAAAGAUUGGCGUUGUCCCACUGUCAUAUCAAGGUAUUCCCACUGAGGCUCAAUGAGUGCUUUCUUCUCCGUUAUCUCAAUGUCCGCGACAACGGAAUCCGAGAAUUUCCCCGACCGAUCCUCGAGCUGAAAUCUCUCGAAAUUCUGGACAUUAGCCGAAAUAAACUCAUAGUUAUCCCUGAUGAGAUUGCCAAGAUGACUUCACUCAAGGUCUUCUCUGUGCAGAAGAACAGACUUGAAGGACUUCCUCUCUGCCUGGCAGACAUGCCUUCGCUUCAAAAGCUAAAGUUGCACGGUAAUCCCUUAAAGUUUCCACCCCAAGAUUUGCUAUACUAUUCAAACAUGUCUCCCGAUGGCACUGGAAUGGACGUUGAACCGAAUGACGAGGAGGAUCUGAUCAUUACAACACGAGUAAAGAGGUACUUGAAACAAAAGAGCGAGCAAAAGGCUACCAGCGAGAGGAAAUCCACGAAUGAUCGUUCCGAGACAGAGUCAGGUGGAGAGGAGUCGAGUGAGGGUGCAGAAACUCCCAGAGGACCAACAGGGCCAAUGGUCAAACGACUUCCGGGUGGUAGAUUUCCCGUCAAAGUCAACGGGACUGAGAUGCCUGACUUGAGAUCGCCUGCCUUCUCCGGGCCUCGACUACCACCGCCAAUACCAUCUCGCUCGCACUACAGAGGCUUGUCUCAGCAGAAUGCUGCUCUUAGACGCCCUGGGGCGGUUCCACUCACUAUCGGCAAUGGCAAUGAGCGUAUUCGCAGCAACAGUGCUAGUAAGGAAGGGUUCGGCAUAGCUUCGCGAGAUUCAAAGGAUCGUGCUGCGGAACGCUCGAGAAGAAUGGGUAUCGUCUCAAGGAGAGCUCAAGAGCUGGAACUGGAAACUGUUGAUGAGACGAGAUCAAAUCGCCACAGCCACUAUCGCGGCCUUAGCCAUGGAUCUGCGAUGACUAUUGGCACCAAUGGAAGUACCAGAAGUCCUGCAAGCCCUGCAGAUUCUGCUUCUCAGAGAUCGAUAUGGGUCAAACGCUUGUCAAGCUUGCCAGAACGGCAGCGAGAAUCGAACUCAAGUGAUCCUAUCAUUGAAGGGGCGAAAUCGAUAUUGUAUGCUUUGAUGCAGAUCCACCCGUUCAUUCAUGACUUUUUAGGCGUUGCUGGAGAGGGACCGGAUAAGCGAAGGAGUAGUCUGAAGAUGGUCUUUUAUAGCGCUAACGCACAGAUUGCAGAAUUGGAUAAGCAGAUUAAGGCAUGGUGCCGAUAUACCGAAGAAGAUGAAGAGAUAGCUCCGCGAUCGAACGAGCACGUUCACAGAGCUUGCGUAGCGUGUCUGACUGCGUACAUGCAUGUUUGCACUCUUCUUCAGAGCAACGCGCAAACCAUCGCGGCCACCCCAAACUCUCCCGAAAUUCGCAGCUUCUUGGUGAACCUUUGGGGUAGCAUAAUCGAAAUUCGCAACGCUACACUAAAUUUUCCCGCGCCCUCUCGAAGUUUUAGAAGAAUUGAAAACACGACAGCGAACUCCGAAAUCUCUCAAAAUCAAGCCAUGGGCCAGUCGAUGAGCAAGGAAAGCGCUCGUGAAGACAGGGCUCGCGCUCAGAAUUCCAGCCAGAUGACGAGUUCGCAGUCAUCCUCCGCUCGAAGUAUCGCUCUCAAAGCUCCCGAAGACAAAGCAAAGACCUCUCUGGACGAAAGCAUGCGCAACCUAUCUAUCGACGAGAGGGGAAGAGCUCCUAUCCAAUUGUCAACAGACCAGAUCCCAACAGUACAAACCAGGGAUAGGUCUGUCACACCUGUACCUCUGCACGAACGACCUGGACUUUAUAUGAAUCCCAAGGCCAAAUUGCCGGACGCCGAGUACCUAGGACAGCUUCGAAUGGAGACAAGUUCAGACCCUCAAUUUGCUGUUCAGCUUCGCUCGGCUCUUUUGAACUCUACUCCACGUUCCGAAGAAUCGUUUACCUCGAACAGCUCUGACAUCAGAACCAUGGGCGGAUCGUUCACGGACCACGAUCAAAUGUUCGAAAAGAUCUAUCUGACGCUGCGUGAUCUUACCAAAAUGAUUGAACAGCUGAUGCCAGACAUGAGAGAUCGCCUCGUGAUUGCACUGAAACUCAACAGCAAGAGUCAAAAUCCAGACAUGACCAACGAAACUUGGCAAAUUAUGAUCAAUCAGUGUGAGAAUGCAUUGAUCGAUGCCGCAUGGUUGAAGCAACGCCUUUCUCAGAUCAAGUUGAAAGAUCCUCCUCCUAGGAACAAUGAGUUCUGGCGCACUUCUUACCGAUUCAUUGGGGGCGUGGUAGACUUGAUGCAAGGGACUCGGAGUGCCAAGCAAACCUCGACUUUGAUGCCCUUCGAAGUUAUCAACAAGUUGUCCGUUAUCCAAAAAGCGUUCAAGCGAGUACUCCAUUUGAUCCAUCUAUCACCGUGGGCCCCGGGCGAUAACUACCCGAAUUCGAAGACCGCACCUUACGCUGUCAACUCGCUCGUACCGCAAGUCCCUCUUCCUAUGACACCUCAAAGCGCUGCUCUUGGUCCCGCCGUACAAGCAACUGUACCUUCAACUCCCCAAAGCGCGACGUUCGGUGGAUCAUAUUCUGGCAAUGGUUACGACCGGGCAGGUACUUUCACAUCCAUGACUGAUUCAAGCGUCAGCUCUCGGAACGGAACCAUGACGGCAGCUUCCGCUUUCAUGCGCGAGAAUGAUGGCUCGGCUACACCUGUGACUGCGCGUUCGACAGACGGCUAUUCGAAUGGUCUCAGAACUACUCAUUAUCAGGGCAAUUCCGGCUUUGUGAACUAUAAUGGCAACAGCAGCGGCAUGAGCGAUGGUACGAUGCAUCCGUCUUCGGUCAUCAGUCCUGCGACUCCGUCUGUACCCAACACCUCGUUCUCGAGAAACUACUUUGGUAGUAACGGCAAUGGCUCCAACGUGUACAACAGCAGGCCCAACAACUAAACCCUGACUUCCGAUCCACCAUCUUUCUGCCUUUUAGCGAUAAGCGUCCUUGACGUUGUUUUUGUAUGUACAUCUGGCUGGCGUUGGCGUUUGGAACUCAUCAAGUGCAUUUCUUGUGGCGUUGGGAUGGACAACGCGUUGCUUUUUUCUGGACAAAGCACCCAAUUUCAAGGGGUAGCAAUCAUUGUGGGAUUAUGGUGUGAAUGAAGGACAAUGGCGUGGGUGACGACAGUAUGGGAGAGGGAAGGAGAUGAGGGGGAUUGUUACUGCGGCUUUCUUUGGCUGCGGGCUUACCUUCACUGUACCGGAACUUGAGGAUCAUGGAACAUAAUCGACGAUAAAUAUGGUGUUUAUGAUAAUGUAAAGUUUAG